AUGUCCCACGAUGAUUUGCCUCCGUCGCAGGUUGUUCCGCGCGCCCACCUUUUCAGCCUCUACACACUAGAACUCGCUGCCGGGGCUGGAGAGGUGGAGGGAGGGGAGCUUGGCAAUCGGCUAACAGACAGAUCUUCGGAGACUAGAUCUAUUUUGGCCCCUGCAAGCCCUCGUACACACCUCUUUGGGCUCCCUGAAAGCCUCCUUCCUCCUCCCCCCACGGACCCCACUCCUCCUCUGAAUGCGACUGCUGCACAGGACAUGAGCCGUGCAUCCAAGCCGUCGACACCGCGUCCAGAGGCGCCCGGCGCCUCCCCAGCUCAUCGCUCCCCAGAGGUCCCGCGUCCGCUCAACGUCACCGACGCCCUCAGCUAUCUCGACGCCGUCAAGAACCAGUUCCAAGACAGCCCGGAUGUUUACAAUCAGUUUUUGGACAUCAUGAAGGACUUCAAAAGCCAGGUAAUCGACACCCCCGGCGUCAUUGACCGCGUUGCAAACCUCUUUCAUGGAAAUCCCUACCUCAUUCAAGGAUUCAACACCUUUCUCCCCGUGGGGUAUCGAAUAGAUAUCUCAGCCGACCCCUCCAACCCCAACUCCAUUACCGUGACCACCCCGCUCGGAACGACCACCCAGAACACUGGCGCCAAUGCCAUGAUGCCGCGAACGGGGAGGGAGAUACCUGCUAUGCCCUCCCCGGCGCCUCUCAACCAAGGCCUCUACCCCGUUGCCAACCCUCUCGUCCCCAACGCCGUCGUCGGCCCCGCAUCCCGUUCCAUUACCCCUCAUGGAUACCAAAUGGCUCACGCACCCCCAUUCGAACCGCUCUACUCCCCUGGCAUGCAGCACACCGCUGAUGCCGCGUCUUUUCUGCACAACCUCAACAACAAGGGCCAGGUCGACGCCCCCGGCGGCGAGUUCAACCAUGCUAUCCAGUACCUCAACAAGAUUAAGGCGCGGUACGCCGACGAUCAAGUCACGUACAAGCGGUUCUUGGAUAUCUUGCAGACGUAUCAAAAGGAGCAGAGGCAUUCUCAAGAUUCCCAGGUGUAUGUUUCGGUUCAAGUACUAUUCAAGGACGCCCCGGAUCUACUUGCCGAAUUCAAAGAUUUUCUCCCAGAUGCGGUUCCAGGAGGCGUGAACGGUCCGCCUAUGAUGCCACAACCUGGUCCUGGUGGUUGGGGCCAGGGAGAGCCAAGUCCGCCCAACGUUGCGAAGAAACCUGUACAGACAAACAAGCGCAGUAGGAAGCGCGUGCCUGAGAAAGAGACGACGCCAGUUCCUCCGCCCAAGCCGAUGACAUCGCGUCAAUCGAAAAAGGUUAAGCAUCAUCACAACCAGGAUAACGAGCCGGCUGCUUUUUCGCCAUAUGCCGUCCCUCGUUCACCUCCUCAAAAUCACGCCUAUCCUCCCUCCCAAAUGCUUCCCCCGCCCCAUCCUCAUGCAGUGCAUACGCAUACGCAUCCUGGUCACCACGACUAUCAAACGAGAGAUUCUUCGGCUGGAAAACUACUCUUUUUCGACAGGGCCAAGAAAUCGUUGGAGAAUAGGGAGCUCUACGAGGAGUUCCUGAAGUUGCUGAAUCUCUUCUCCAAGGAUAUCAUCGACGUCGGAAUCCUCAUCGACCGUUCGCGUGCAUUUUUGGGCGAAGGCGACCUCAUGGCCGAGUUUAAGGACUUGAUGGGCUGGGACGAGAGAGACAAGCUGGAGAAGGGGCCUCCAGGAAGUAUACGGACGGGCCCGCCGGAGAUGCCCUUCGCGCUGCCGGUAGAUGAUGGCGAAGGGCCCAGUUAUCGAAGACUUCCCCCCAGUGAGGUGGACUUGGCGUGCUCGGGUCGGGACGAGCUUUGUCGAUCUGUGCUGAACGACGAGUGGGUGUCGCAUCCUACGUGGGCCUCGGAGGAGUCGGGUUUCGUGUCGCAUAAGAAGACGGUGUUCGAGGAGGCGCUGCACAAGAGCGAAGAGGAGCGUCAUGAAUAUCAUGUGCAACUCCAGGCGCUGACGAGAACAAUUGCGGUGCUCGAGCCGAUCAACUCGAGGAUUGACGAGAUGACGAACGAGGAGCGCGCUGGGUUCAGGCUGAAGGCUGAUUUUGGUGGAUACAGCCCGGCGCUUUACCACCGCAUCAUCAAGAAGAUUUAUGGGCGCGAUAUGGGCAUGGAGGUUAUACAGGCGCUGCAAGAUUGCCCAACUGUCUCUGUCCCUGUUGUCUUGCACCGACUGAAGAUGAGAGACGAGGAAUGGAGGAGAGCUCAACGCGAGUGGAGUCGAACAUGGAAGGAGGUUGACUCCAGGAAUUUCUACAAGUCUUUGGACCACCAAGGCAUCAACUUCAAGGCGAACGAUAAGAAAAACAUCACGGCCAAACACUUUGUUGGUGACAUCCUGGCCGUUAAGAAGCAACAGCUGAAGAAAUGGGAACGGAAAGGUGUCAAGCCAUUUGUCCGUGGUCCUCUCGGACAUCAGCUAGAACUCUCCUUCAAGAACACCACUGUCCUGCAUGAUUCUCUCAAGAUGGUGUAUUCUUUCCUCGAGCACUCCCAUUCUCCGUACAGUCCUCAAGAGCGCAGAGCCGUGGAAAAAUUCCUCCGUGCAUUCGUCCCUACCCUCUGCAUGUGCUCCGAGGCCGAAUUUAAUGCUGGAGCGGCGUUGGACGGUUCAUGCGACGAAGACUCGGUGUCCGUUCACGAACCUCCAUCACAGCCGGAGGGUGCUGGUUCGCGUAGCGGGAGAAGGUCGACUGGCACACCUCACUCGGUGCAGUCGGGUGGGAUCCCGGCGAAUGACCUCAGAAAAAAGCUUUUGAAGACCGCUCAGGAGAAGGCGUUGAACAAGAAAGAUAUUCGAGGUGCCCCAUCUACCAUUGGCUCUCGUGCGGCCUCUCCACACUCGGGUCAUCGUUCGCCGCGUCCACCACGCCCCGAGGAGGAACCCCUAGAGCCACACGACGUGUGGAUCAAGGAAGCGAGUCCGUCCUCGUCAUUGAAUGGAAACUCAUCCACUGCGGAGAAUUUCGUCUCAGGAGGUCCUGACAAAGAACGGCCGUUUUUCGCGAACACAACUUUUUAUACACUCCUGCGCCUUUUGGAGUUGCUCUAUUCUCGUCUGCUGAUGUGCCAUGAAAUUGGGGCACAGUUCGCUGCUCAGAAGCACGCUCCGCUUCUAGCCAAUCGGGUCGCGGUCGACUUGGGACUGGAUGACCCCAAUGGUCCUGCUUCGGUGCUCGCACAGACGAUGGAUCAUCUGGGAAAGCCCCUCGCUGAGGACACGAAUGUGGUAUACAUGUACCUCCUAACGGCCUGCGAGAAGUAUUUCGACAACGAGCUCGAUCAGGCGACGUUCGAGGAACACAUGCGAUGGUUCUUCGGCACCAAGGCGUAUACUCUGUCUACCCUAGAUAAAUUAAUAACUGCACUUAUCAAGCAGGCCCAGACAAUUUUAUCUGAUCACAAAUGUCAAGAGCUAUGGUCACUACUUAAAAGUGCACAAAAUUCGAAAAACAUCACAUCGCAAGAUAUCAUAAGGUACCGUCGAGAGGCGGAACGACACGUUGGCCAGGAUGACCAUUUGUACCGACUACAAUGGGUGCGAGAAUCGCGGUGCAUUCGUGUGUCGCUCUGCAGCCCAGAUGAACCGAGUUGCCUGACGGAUGGCUCUGCGACAAGUCGGUGGCGCGAGUACGUGAGCACAUACGUGAUGACCCACCCUACGGAGUGGCUGCCUGAGCCCAGGAAGGGAAGCAACCCCGUCUUUUUGCGCAGAUGUGCGCGCGUGGGUGAAGAGGGGACAGCUGCACUGGUUGAGGACCACAUGAAGAUUCGUGUCAGCGUGCCGACGUACAAGCUGGUGUACGAGGCGGGGUGCGAGGACAUGCUGUGGCACGACUGGGGGAAGGACGCCGGGGAGAUGGCAGGUCGGGCUCGGGCACGAGAAGAGGACCGACAGCGGAGCAAGUGGUUAACAUUGUAA